AUGUUGGUGUUUCUUGCUGAAGGAACUCGAUAUCACAUUAAUGUUCCGAUCGUCGGUAAAGUUGAAUCAGGCAUUCCUAUGCCACGAGUGCCACCACUUAACAGAGCCGAUGAACUUGUUUGGCAGGCUUUGAGCAUUUCCAUAAUUUCAUUCGUCAUUCAUAUAGCUCUCGCCAAGUUGGUCUCUAGAAGGCUAAACUAUGAAAUCGACGCCAAUCAGGAAUGGUUUGCUCUGGGCGCUAUGAAUUCAAUAGCUUCAUUUUUCGGGUGUUUCGCGGGCGGAUCCUCUUUAGGGAGGACUAUGAUGCAAGUGAAAUUAGGCACAAGAAGUCAGAUGUCGACGUUUGUCUGCUGCAUUAUAAUGGUUGGUUUUGUCUAUGGCGCAGCUUCAUUUAUAUACCAUCUGCCAAAGGUGAGGAUACAAGAGAACAGACCAGCUAUUCUUGCUUCCAUCAUUGUUGUUGCUAUGAAAGAUCUCUUUGUUCAACUCGUCCGAGGAUUCCGCCUUUGCAAAGAAAGUAUUGUGGAUUUUAUGAUUUUCCUUGUAACACUGGUGGCUGUGAUUCUGAUCAACGUCAAUAUGGGGCUCAUUAUUGGGAUAUCAUUCGCUCUGCUAUCCGUCGUCUUUCGCACACAGUGGGCUGACAGCACCUGUAUGGGCCGAAUACCCGGCACAUCAGACUUCAAAGGACUGGGCCAUUACCGCAGUGCCGAGGAAAUUCCUGGGAUCAAGGUUUUCCGAUUUGACGCUCCUCUUUACUUUGCCAAUGCGGAAUUAUUCAUUCUGAGCGUUCACAAUGCGUGCGGCUUGAACCCAGUUCUCGGUGCGCUGAGGUCAAAAUUGAACGAACGUGCAGCAGCCGAGGCGAAGGCGAAGCAGCAAGUGAUAUGCGUAAAUUUGAAAGUUAGGAACUUUGCAGAGCUCCGAUUUGUGGGCCGCCGAGUCGCCGAUGCAGCUAACGAUUCAGUACCGGAGGAUCCAGCUGAGCACGUCGUUACUCAGUUAACUCACAUCAUAAUUGACUGUUCCUCGAUUCCAUACGUGGACUUGAUGGGCAAGGAUGCUCUUGCUCAAACCUAUGCCGACUAUUCAACGAUCGACAUUACGGUACUAAUGGCAAAUUGUAAAGGUGACUGA